AUGUCUGCACCUCUGCCCGCACUGGGCAUCCUAUCGAAUUCGCUUGCAACGCCCACACAACUCGCAACGUCAUCCUCUUCUCUUGACGAGAUUCCCACCGACCUUGAGACGUCAGUUCGAUAUGCGGGCGUGAGGUUGACUCAAGCAGCCGGCGUGCUGCUUCGACUCCCCCAGGGUAUCAUUGCCCAGGCGAUUGUGCUAUUUACAAGAUUUUGGAUCGGCCCUGAAGGAGGGAGUCUUGCCAUAUAUGGCGCAAAGGAUAUAUCCGCUGCCUCCGUCUACAUCGCCGCAAAGCUCUCCUUUACUCCCGUGUCUCCGCGCUCCGUGAUCAACGUUUACGCGUUCCUGCUCUCCCCGAAAUCCUCGCCGCUCCGUUUUGUAAAUCCCUCUGGGCCUCCGUCCCAAGCGCAUCCAGAAACCUACUACGUCUCCGAAGGGUCAUAUCAAUCUGAACGUCUCUCGCUUAUGAAACUAGAGUCUACAAUACUCCGCACCCUUGGUUUCGACACUCACGCUGCCAUUCCGCACCCAAUUGCCUUUACGUACCUCCAAACCUUGGGUGCAUCCAACCCAGCUGUUUCAAAGCGGACAAUUGAACAUUUGAAUGCUGCCCUAUUUUCCCCGCAACUACUAUAUGUAACACAUCAACCCAAUGCUCUCGCUGUUGCAGCGAUAUAUCUUGCCGCCAGGGAAACUGGGGUGAAAUUAGUCGAUUGUGAGUGGUGGGAGGUAUUUGACGUGGAUAGAGAAGAGCUAGGGUUCCUCGUCGUAGCGAUGAGGAGUAUGGAAGGAUUCGCGCAGGCGGAGGAAGAGAAAUGGAAGGGAAGACUACUGCCCCUGACUGUAGCGGACGUGCAGAGGGAGCUGGAGAGAAGGAAAAUCAUGGAAGAAGAGGGAUGA